AUGCCGUUUGAAGCAGACGAGCUGGAUUCAGCCCAGUCAAAGCGGCCUAUCAGUGAUUACACCAAUUCUGAAAUGAAAUCUGCUGACCCCGAUGAAACGGUAUUCAAGCAUGCGCCGGCAAAGAUGAGACAGACCCGUCGACAUUGGGUGGGUGUUCGCAAACGUGUGGACACAAUAAACCGCCUUGCUGCAGGCCUUAUGGCAGGGGUCCAAGUCCUUAUCUGCGGGGACUAA